AUGGAGGGCAUUCGCUCCCUGUCCCUGGGCGAUCGCCCGCCUGGGCUCUUGGGCCCCCGCCGGCGUCCCGCGCCUCUCUUCUCGCCGCGUGCCUCAUCUUUGCAUCCCGUCCCCUCGUCGCCCUCGUCUUCUUCUCUGUCUUCUUCUCUGUCUUCCUCGUCUUUCGAAGACGAGGCGCGUGUCCCCCAUGAAGUCUCUAACCUCGACGACCGAGAAGAGACUGAAUCAGCGGAAUCUGACGAAACAGAGACGGAACUCGUGGGAGACACAGACGACGAGGCCGUCCAGUCUGACCAGGGCCGAAUCGCUAGCCCGCCUGGCCUACUGCGGCACAGGUCAUCUCGCGUGCCUGAUUCGCCGUCGUCUGAUGUCGUCGUCGAAGACGAAAUCUUAACAACGGGGGUCCGACGAAAAGCGAGACACGUAUACUUCGCGCCGUCGUCCUCUGAAGAGAGCGAGGCAGACUUCCGUGCAGGGGAAGAUCCAGUCUCCCAGACCGCGAGGCGGCAACCCCGUCGUCGUGCUGUAUCUGCUGCUCCACCGUGGCUGUCACCUUCCUCCUCGGACUCUUCCCCGUCUUCUGCGGUGUCUUCGGGUUCCGGGUCGCGUGCUUCGUCGCGUCUCGAUGAUGGCGUCACGGAGCCUUUUCCGCAGGCACGGUCCCCUCCAGCGUUCUCGCAGGUUCUUCCCGAAUCUUCCGUUUCUCGUCCAAGAGAGUCCGCCACCACUCUGUUGUCUCUGCGUCCCUCGUCUGGAUCAGCACUUCCAGGCUGUAUAAAAAAGUCCGGCGCCUCGACGUCUUCUCUCUUCCCAUCUGCAUGGGCCCCGCCUCAGUCCGGCGCUUCUCCAGCGUCUGCGCUUCGCCCGCCUCCGGGCCUUCGCGCCUUUGCAGCUUCGCCUCUGUCUGGCGUGCAUGCUCCUGAUUUUCCCACUGAGAAUCGACGGCUGCGCGUACGCUUUGCAGAGACCGCAGCGCACGCGUCAGGGUCCGAGGAGAUCGACAACGGAACGGCUUCACCUCGUCCCAUCCCACCGGCGUCACCAGACUCGCUGUCCGUGCCAAGUGAACAGGCGGCAAGAGACGCAGACUGUGCGCAGGAUCCGGGCGGGAUCGACGGCACUGGAGCCAUCGUCGCACCUGCGUUAGGGGGUGAAGACGCCGAGAAGAAGGCGAACCCCGCAAAGGAAGGCCUCCCCACGCCACAGUCAGGCGUCGACUGCAGUGCGGAGAAGAGCCCCGUCGUGGCGAGAGGGAAAAGCGGAUCUGGUGUGUUGGAACAGGAAGGAAACGCUCUGCGGAAGGCCAGCGGCUCUUUCACCGCGUCAGUUAGCCGGAGGCUCUCCGGGACUGCGAGGUUGCUGUCUGGCGGUGCUCAGCUGCUCUCGUGCAAAAGCCUUCGAAGCAUCAAAUCAACCAAGUCAUUGGAGUCGACAGAGGCCAAAUCCAAAGACCUCCUGGGGCUCGGCUCUGGGCAGCUGAGAAAAGCUUCGCACUCCCUAAGGCUCGCAGACUCCCCGAAAUCGACGACUCGAAUCUCCUGCGACGACCAGGAAAAGACCGCGAGCGACGAGAAGCAAAAGGUUGCGAGCGACGAGGAGGAAAAGGCCAGGAACGACGAGAAGGAAAAGGUUGCGAGCGACGAGAAGGAAAAGGUUGCUAGCGACGAGAAGGAAAAGGUUGCUAGCGACGAGAAGGAAAAGGUUGCGAGCGACGAGAAGGAAAAGGUUGCGAGCGACGAGAAGGAAAAGGUUGCUAGCGACGAGGAGGAAAAGGUUGCGAGCGACGAGAAGGAAAAGGUUGCGAGCGACGAGAAGGAAAAGGUUGCGAGCGACGAGGAGGAAAAGGCCAGGAACGACGAGAAGGAAAAGGUUGCGAGCGACGAGAAGGAAAAGGUUGCUAGCGACGAGAAGGAAAAGGUUGCUAGCGACGAGAAGGAAAGUGCUGCGAGCGACGAGAAGGAAAGUGCUGCGAGCGACGAGGAGGAAAAGGUUGCGAGCGACGAGAAGGAAAAGGUUGCUAGCGACGAGAAGGAAAGUGCUGCGAGCGACGAGGAGGAAAAGGUUGCGAGCGACGAGAAGGAAAAGGUUGCUAGCGACGAGAAGGAAAAGGUUGCUAGCGACGAGAAGGAAAAGGUUGCGAGCGACGAGGAGGAAAAGGUUGCGAGCGACGAGAAGGAAAAGGUUGCGAGCGACGAGGAGGAAAAGGCCAGGAACGACGAGAAGGAAAAGGUUGCGAGCGACGAGAAGGAAAAGGUUGCGAGCGACGAGAAGGAAAAGGCUGGUAGCGACGAGAAGGAAAGUGCUGCGAGCGACGAGAAGGAAAAGGUUGCGAGCGACGUGAAGGAAAAGGUUGCGAGCGACGAGAAGGAAAAGGCCGCGAGCGACGAGAAGGGAGAACCACGAAGAGAAGAGGAGGAAAAGGCUGCGAGCGACGAGAAGGGAGAACCACGAAGAGAAGAGGAGGAAAAGGCUGGGAACGACGCGAAGGGAACACCACGAAGAGAAGAGAAGGAAAAGGCUGGGAGCGACGCGAAGGGAACACCACGAAGAGAAGAGAAGGAAAAGGCUGGUAGCGACGAGAAGGAAAGUGCUGGGAGAGAGAAGGAAAAGGCUGGGAGCGACGCGAAGGGAACACCACGAAGAGAAGAGAACGAAAAGGCUGGUAGGGACACCACCUUCUGCCGGGCCUCUUCGGACCAGCGUUCGCGCGCGCGCAAAAACUCAACGGAGUCGAAUGUGCAUGGAUCGGCGGCGGCCUCGAGGGAAGGCGAUUCAGGGAAAGAGGCAGGUGAAGACGCCAGUGGCAGUCCGGAUGAAGGACAGUCUCCAGAGGCGCGGACGAGCUCGCCGGGUGUGGAACCGAUUUGGGCGGAAGACAGGGACGCGAAGGGAGGGUCUGACGGGAAGGCCGGGAGGGGAGAGGAAAAAGGUCAACUUGAUCCGCGGCGCGACCAAGUGCCUGAAGGCGUGAAUCUCGACAAAGAGAAAGAAAGCGAGUCGGCGCCAAAAGAGAAGCGCCACGCGGAAGUCAAGGCGUCGACCCAGGCAGCUCUGCGACUACGCAUUGCCUCGAUCACCAACCUGCAAACGAGCGGCGUGCUCACCAGACGCUCUGGGCGCCCGCUGCCUGAGCGCGUUCGGGGCGGUGUCUCUGGAGCCGCAGGCGCCUACGGUCUCGCGCCGAGCUUCAGCAUUUGCACGGUGGCUUGGUUUCCAGAAGAAGAUCCUCUUGAAAUCCUCGGCUUCGCGCAAGGAGUCUCUUGGCUGCCUGGCUGGGGGCUGCGCGUUUCCAGUGCAGUUAACACCCGCGCGAGUCUGAAGCCGGGGUCCAUCUGUCUGGACGAAGCCGAUGUGCAACAGGAAUUGACUGUUCCAAUUUCGCUCAUCGACAGUCCCUGGCAGCCCAAGCUGGCUCUGGAGCACGGGGGCGCCUUCGCACCUACGACCCACGGGGAGACGGCGUCAACCGACUUUCCACGGACAGGGAAGCAGGCCGUGAAAGGCUUGAUGCAGCAUUUCUCCCACGUCUUCAACGUCUGGCCCUUUCUUCUUGUUUCCGUGGUCCAAAUACAUCCAAAACUCUCGCAUUCGUUGACUCCUGAGAACAGCCCAUUUCGCGCCGCUCCCUUUGGCACCCAACCUCAAAACACGAUCGGCCCGCCUCACCGCGUGCGGUAUCCAACCAAAUCGCCAGUAACCGUGGUGGGGACAGCGAUUUUGCCUUUGAAGCGGAUCUACGAAGGCAGCGGAGUUCGUGUGGAUCGCCACCAACUUCUGUUCAUGGACAUCGACAAGGCGCCUCCCGUUGCGGUCCACUCCGACGGGACGUUGACGCACUUGCAGCCUUGCCGGCUCUUUCGGCACGAGGUGAUUCGCGAAAUGGUGUCGACCUACCGCGAGUCUUUGAAGCGCCUGCAGCCUGUCAGUCUGCUCGAUUUGAUCGAAGCGUACUCUCGGCGCCUCUCGCCCGUUGGGGAGAUUCUCGUCACGUUGAACAAGUUGAAGCCGCUCGCGAUCAGCUUCGGCCCCAUUUUGGGGCGCCGCUGGUUCCAAGGGGACGCGCGCAAGGACGGCGACGAGGGACGGAAGGCGAUGCGCAAAUCCCUGACAACGCGGCAACUCGCAGAGGAAACGCGGGGGAGCACUGCUGGGCAAGACGAUGAGACUCACGCCGACACCGCAAGCUAUCCUGCGGCGCACGCAGCGUGGAUUGAAAUCCGAAAGGUGGCGAAUGUGCCAAUCUACGGUUUGACCUUUCGGGAGAUCUGCGAGGCCGAGCUGUCUGUAGUCGCCAUGUGGGAGGCUGAGCAGGCGUGUCCAGCGAUUUUGCGGCGGAAAUCGCGCAAGAUCACCGCGGUGACCAAGUGCGAAGUCCAGCCUCUCAACUUUUCUGCGAUCGAGCGCAUGAGCGGAUCGGAGGAUUCGCUGCUCUCCUGCUACAUCCGCGGCCAAGUGUGUCUGCCGGUAUACCCGGGGCUCGACCCCAGCGUGGUUCUCUACCUCUGUCUGAACGGCAAAAUCUACGCCAACCUGGAGUCGCCGCUGAACUUGGCCUCGUUCGCGCCGGAGCGCAGUCGCUCCAGCCAACCCCAGCAGGUGGAGAAGAGUCCGGGUGCGGCGCAGACGCGGGGGUGGAAGGCCUCGGGGAGAGGAGCUGUCCCCGGCGCUGCCCAGACACCGGGGUGGCGGCUCCAGGAGACUUCGCCGAGAACUCCAGGGAGUGUGCGCGACGCGCGGGACGAGGAAAGUGCGACGGAAACGUGGACGGACUGCGACGGCGACUCGGAGACCUCCGCCAAGGCCAGGCUAGGCGGCAGGACCAAAGACGCGUCGGCCUUCCGAACGUACAAGCUCCGCAGCUUCGUCCCGGACGGGGGCCCAGGGGACUCCCACGGGACCUUCUCGCGCUUUCAUUGCGGCCACAUCGAGCUGCGGGUCUUCCCGUGCCCCGCCGACGGACUCUUCAUGACGGCCGCCGAGUUCGCGCAGCUGAACAUCCAGGGGCGGAGCACGGGGCGCCGCACGCAAAGCUGGCACAGCUCGCCGAACGCGUACGGCGCGCCGAUGAUUGGUCCGUUUGGAAAGUGGACGGCGUUCGCGGACGACUUCGAGGCGAAGCCAGGCUCCAAGGAGCUUUCGGAGGCGGCUCCAGAAGAAGACGAGGAGGCGCCAGGGUCGCCCGCCGGCGCUCGCCCCGUGUGCGCCUUCUUCAGUCCAGCGCCGACGCACCUCCAGCCGCUGCCGGGGACACCCCCGCUCUCUCUGGCCGACGCAGGUGACGCUGACUCGACCGCGUCGGAUGAGGCUGCCGCCGAGUUUUCCGCGUCGCCACUGCCUCUGUCUCCGGCUGCGGUCGGAUCUGGCCCAGCGGCCUCGCCCCGAGGCAGCGGCCCCGUCGAGGCCCAGAUGUGCGUCGCCGAGGGACCGAACUUGACGGUCGGGCACGUUGGCGAAUGGAAUGUGUUCCACGUGAAGGCGCGGAACCGGAGAGGCGAAGGCGUUGCGGAAGCCGACGGUGCGCUCGCGCUCUGCUUCUCGCCCUUGGGCGAGCCUCAGUACUCGUUCGUUGCCGACCCGUCGUCGUGUCUCUCCGUGGAUACCUACCGCACAGACAGCUCCUUGAUCGGGAACAGCCGCGUAGGAGUCAUCACCAAGACGGAACUGAAACAGUUUGCCCCGGAGUGGGUUGUGGAGAAGACGAACGGCGACUGCGUCUACCGCGUCAAGUACAAACACAACCGGCCGGGUUUCGUCCUCAUGCAUGUCACCUACGAAGGACUCGAGAUCGCCGGGUCACCGUUCGAGGUUCACUUUGUCCGGGGAAAAGCCGUCGCCGAGGCGUGCCGAGUCGUCGGCCACGCCGCCAAGAUCUGUUUCGCCUCGCCCUCGCCGCACCUCCAACUCCCUUAUGUCAACGCGGACGAAGCGCGUCGCGUCAUCGAGCAACGCGAGCGAGAAGAAGAGUGGAACCUAGCCAAGGGUGACGCAAAACGCGAACCUGUGAAACCCGCCGUGCUCCACAACUACGUCAACCAAUUCGUCGUCGCCAUCUGCGAUGAAAUGGGGAACCGCGUCUCGACGGGGGGCCACCGCGUAAGUGUCCGCGGAUCGCAAGGCGCAAACAUUCUUCAAGUUGUCGACGAGGGCCGCGGGACCUACAGAGUCGACUACGCGGUCUAUCUGCCCAAGACGCCGCUCCAGCAGAUCGCCGUCGGCUUGUUGGAGAAACUCGAUGCGUACGCGUGGAUGACUCAGAAACAGCCCGACGUCUUCGUACCCGGGAUCGCAGAAGCCUACGAGCAAAUUCGCUCGCUGGAGCUUCCCGUGUACACGGAGGCAGAGAUCGUGGUGUCGCUCAACGAGAAGCCUGUUUUCGGAUGCCCAAUCAAACCGCGCAUUUGCAACUUUGUUGAGGUGUUCUCCGCGUACACCGAACUCGACCGCCGAUCGCUUCUCGGACAACAGGUCUGUGAAUUUGAGCGCGUGCUGGAAGAAGGGAACUACCUAAAGGCGACGAGACUGCUCUGGAAGGUCGACGGCAUGGCCGACGAGAGGCAGCUGAAGGAAGAAGUCGUGAGAGUCCUCGAAAACCUGGUCCACAAGCAACUCGAACGCGAAGACGCACGAAAACGGGAAGAGGCAGGACGGGAUUGCGCAGAACUGCUUGGAGAAACCUCGAAGGAACGGGAGGAGAAGCGCAGAAGAGAAGUCCAGGACAUCCGGUCUCAGUGGGAAGAUAUCCAUCUUUUGAGAGAGCUUUUGGUUCGGCUGAACAAGAAUUGCGCCGACCGGGAGUCCCUCGUCCAGCGCUUCACUCUGUCGAUGAUCGACCGCCUGCAACAGACAGAAACGUGCAAUCUGCGCAUCUUGGCCGAGCACCACAACAUGCAGCGGCUGGAGCAAGAAAACUUGGUUCCUCUCGCGCAGGUGCUCCAGGCUCAGUACAUUUCCAUGUUCAAGCAAAUGACUCAAGAAAUCGUGACCCUCGUCAGGGACGUGGAAAGCAACCAAUUCACCAACCUCGAAUUGCUCCUUCAAGCGUACAGAAGAAUCGGUGUGCAGCUGCGCCGCCUUCACCGCUAUCAGCUGGCGAAUCGGAUGGACGAGAUCAAUGAGUGCGUCGUCGAGGAGAUCGAACUCCAGCGGCUGGCCCAUAUUGCCCGGGCAAAAGAGGAGAAAAUUCAGGAAAUCGAGAAACAGAUUGCAGAGAAGGAGGAGGCGCUGGAGGAGGAAAAAAAGAAAUACGAAGAGGCCGCAAAGACCUUCGCGCCGCUGGACAUGGACCAAGUCCGUGAACUGAUCACCACGAAGCGGCAAGCAGGAGUGCAAACGGAAGACGCUCUUUCUCUUCGUCAGGGGAUCUUCGGUCCUCUCAUCGUGGCACGCGCGACAGGCCAACAUUUGCCUAAGACGUCGGCUGUCGUUAACGCCGUUAAGAAAGCCUGGAAAUCCUGCCAUGUGUUUGAUAUUCACACGACCAUCAAACGCCUCUUGAAAAACUGUCCUCGACUUAAGCACUGCAUCAAGGAAGUUUUUCUGCACUACGCCAACGUCAGCGAAGCGAAUGUGUCUAAUUUGCAAAGCGACGGCCUUCCAGUCGGUCUUCCGCAGCUCUCUUUUCUUCGCUUCUGCAACGACGCGCGCUUGGAGGAGCAUUUGCUCGCAGACCGCACCGCGCUCCAGGAUCUCUUUGAAAAGUUCAGCGUCGAGCCCGACACAGGCCGCAUCCGCGCCGACGGCUUCCUGCGCGUCAUUCCGGUCUUCCUUUGGCUUCCGUGCCUCAGGGAACUUGCUUAUCUCGACCUUCUGCAUGUGCUGAGCCGCGAGGCUCUGGAGGAAGGACAAGAUCCGCGGACGGCGCUUCAUCGGUCUCACCCGUCGCGGUUGACUGCGUUCCACUACUUUUGUCGAACGCGGUUCCUGCCGCUGUACCAGAUGCUGUACAACAACGACGACUUCCGACUGUCCAGCAGCCUCAUGCUGGAGACAGAGCUCGCCAGCGGAGCGGCUGCGUCGGCCGGCUCGCCCGAGAGCCGGAGGCAACGCAACAUUUGGGCGUACGCGCACGAGCACCUCCCCGGCGACGUGUUUUCCAUGCUCAAACUGGAGCCCAUGGAACACCUUUUUGUCUUUUACAGCGAACUGUCUGUGCAGCCCGCGUUGACGCGGAAGCGGGGCGCGGCCGUGUUCCCGACCGCCGCGAAGUCCCUUCGCGAGGGCGGAAAAGGAGACAGUGGCGAACCCAAAAAAUUCGCGCCCAAAAGCCUCGCGGGCAAGGUUCCGGCUGGGCACGACGUCCCCAGGAGCAAGACUGAAGCGAGAGACAGCCGCUUUGUCUCGCAGACGUCCGUCGAGACGACGGGGGCCGAGCAUGCGUCGAGCCGGGCUUGGAUCUCUCUCGGGGUGCUCAUUCAAAUGUGGAGAGAAUUUUCCGUCAUUCCCGGAUUCAUCGACUGCGACUCUGCGCUGCGCAUCGCCCGCCUCGCCGUCGGAGGCUCCCAAAAAGACGCGGCGAACAAGGCAGGAAACGCGAACGGACCCACGCCAGAACCGCAGAAAGCGAAGGAGAAAGAAACCGCGGCAGAAGAAACCAUCGAGUUCCGCAGGCUCCUCUCCAUGCCCGAAAUCCAAGGCGACACCCGACGAGGGCCCGACGGAAGACUUAGAAAGUUUGCACCCGCAGUGGAAGCUGAAGAAGGUCGGCUGUAUUUCCCAAAUUUUGUGGAGACUGUCGUCAACACGAUCUGCGAGUGCACAGCGCGAGCUCUGGUUCAAGAAGGGGAUCCGAGCAUCCCUCCUGGCUCUCGGGAAGCAACGGAAACGGAAAUCAAGAAGAAAGCCUUUUUCCUUCUCCAACUGUUUGGCAUCAACGACGUGUCGAGCAUUCUCCUUCUCACACGCCGACCUUUAAGAGAGGCGUCUCGUCCUCCCCCCGGAAAGAGCGGAAACGCGAAUGCGCCAGGCGUUUCGAAGGCUCCAAGCGCCUAA